GGGCAGGCAGCCAGGAGGCCUACCUGGCCACACCUUGCCCUGGUUUCCAGGCCUUUCCCACUGGGCCAGGCUUCGAGGAAAUCAUACAUGAGGAUAAGACUUGGCUCACAACAGGCCCAAUUAAACAGCAGCUGUUCCUUCUACUGUUGGGAAACACAGCAGAGCCACGCACACUUCACCAAGUGGCACCUAUGACCAGGAAUUCAGGCAGAACAAGGCACCAGGAAGAUGGUCAUGAAUCUCUGCUAACACAGCUGUUCAGACUGUAAAGGGCUGAAUAGAGGUGCAGAUGCUACACGCUUGUGGGUUGGAGCUGGUUUGGUUUUUCCUGCAUUUUGCUGGAUUUUACCUCUCCUGACCGCCACCUCCCAACCUCAACAGUGAAGAAUUAUCUUUCCCUCGUUUUCACCAGCUCACCUGCCUGCAGAUCAGAAUCACCAAGGUGCUUACAGACUGUAUGCUUUUUCUGGAUCCUGUUCAUACAGACCUGUCUUGGUCUCUGCCUUCGAGGCCUGGACGUCUGCAUUCUAAGACAUUGUGGGCAUGCUAGUGCAUCCCAGAGCUCACCCUGAGCCACAUCCUCCAAACAUUCACCUGGCAACGGGCCCCAACAGGAAAGGCCUGAUUCACUAAGGCACCACCCCCUCAAGCCCUUCUAUCAGGCAAUUCAAAGUCUCUAGGCCGGCGAGUUACUGAUUAACCCUAGGUUUUAUGAAAAGAAAUAAUAACAAUCCCAGGCAUAACAUAUGCAAAGAAAGAAGACAGACGGCUGUGUGGGACUGGAAUGCCAGACAGCUGUGAUCAACAAGUACGAGGCGAGAGCCAGAGCAGAGUUGAAACAGCCAGCAUCUGAUCUGACUUCCUCCAGGCCCCGGCGACACCAGCUGACAUCCCCUGCAAAUGCUCAGGUGCUGAGACUCUGUGCUCCACCACCUCGGUGCCCAGAAUGACCUGUACUGAGGACUCGCAGCAGCCCCAGGCCACCACCAUAGCCAUCGCUCAUCCUGGCCCCGGGGAACGUGACCUGGAGUGUCUGGUGUGCCGGGAGCCUUACAGCUGUGCCCGGUCGCCCAAGUUGCUGAGCUGCCAGCAUGCCUUCUGUGCCGUCUGCCUGAAGCUCCUGCUGUGUGUGCAAGCAGACACCUGGUCCAUCAGCUGCCCUCUGUGCCGCAAGCUCACCACUGUGCCCGGUGGCCUCAUCUGUAGCCUGCGCAGCCAGGAGGAAGUCGUGAGGUGGCUGGCCCAGCCACGGCCGGAGGUACAGCUCUGUCCUCAGGGGCUGGCAGGUGCGGUUACCUUGUCCAUGGUAGCUCUCCCCAGUUCUGUGGGAGAGGAUGGGUUAGGCACAAUGAGUGCCAACCGCGUGGCAGCCCGGCGCCUGGCUGCACACCUGCUCCUGCUGGUCCUGCUCAUCUUCCUCAUUCUGCCCCUCAUCUACCCGGGCAUCAUCCGGUGGGUGCUGGCCCUCAUCAUCGGCCUGGCCCUGCUCAUGGCCUUGAUCUUCUGCUGCUACCCCCAUGGCCUGAGCAGCAGUCACAGGAUACUCCUCUGUGGAGAGCUGAAGCACAGUGAGAUUGCCUCCAUCGCCUGAGUGCCCGGGCAGCUCCUGCGGCCGCUCUGGGCCUUGGA